UUAUAAAUCCCACCCAAAAACAUACACUCCAAAAUCACUAUAAUUCACCAAAAAAAAAACAAAAAAAAAAAGAUGCAGGUGUCAAUAUUUAUUGCUCUAUUUCUACCAUGCGCCGGAAUGAGCGCCAUUUUCGUGGUGUACAUGUGCCUGCUGUGCUAUUCUGCGCGUGCAGGCAUCGACGAGGCUGCGCCGGCGAAGCCGUGGCAGAAGCGGGGCCUCUCCGCCUCCGAUCUCCAGAAGCUGGCGGCGGUGACCGGCAGAGACCUGGUGCUGGCCACCGACUGCGCCAUCUGCCUGGACGAAAUCGAGCCCGAGCAACCGGCCAGGAUGGUUCCCGGUUGCAAUCACGGCUUCCAUCUAAAAUGCGCCGACGCCUGGCUCUCCAAAAACCCCAUCUGCCCUCUCUGCAGAGCCAAAAUCGCCCCUCGCCUAUUCGAUUCCAAUCCCUCUCAAAUCACUCAAUGCUGAUAUUUUCACAAUUUUGUAUCUCAUUUUAGAUGAUCAUGUAUAGAUUUUUUUUU